AAAUUAUUAAGCAAAAGUUUAACACUCGUAUGUUUUAGUAUUAUUUUAAAGAUAAUUGACCUCUAAUUAAUGUCGACUUCUAUGUUAUCUCAACAGGAAAACGAGACGAGACAACGGUUCAUAAAUGAAUACUUGAAAGACAAAACAGACAAAUAUGAUUCUAGAGAUGUGGAGAGGCUGCAGAAGGAUGAUGCUCUGGCAGGUUGUUACCUGCAGUGGAGAUUGCAAAAUGUGGAUGAUGCUUUAAAGAUGAUUGAUGAAAGUUUUCAAUGGAGAAAAGAAUUCGGAGUAAACGAUCUAACUGAGUGUAGCAUUCCCAGGUGGAUGUUCGAGACUGGUGCAGUUUAUCUUCAUGGGUAUGAUAAAGAAGGAAACAAAUUAUUUUGGUUUAAGGUGAAGCUGCAUGUAAAAGACGCAAAGACUGUUCUGGACAAAAAGAGAUACGUGGCCUUUUGGUUGGAGCGCUAUGCUAAAAGGGAACCUGGAAUGCCGUUGACGGUGGUAUUUGACAUGACUGAUUCUGGACUGAGCAACAUUGAUAUGGACUUUGUGAAAUACAUCAUCAACUGUUUCAAGGUUUAUUAUCCGAAAUUUCUUUCAAAAAUGAUCCUGUACGAAAUGCCAUGGAUCAUGAAUGCUGCCUGGAGGAUUGUGAAGACUUGGCUAGGCCCAGAGGCCAUUAGCAAGUUGAAGUUUAUAGGCAAGAAUGAAGUGCAAGAGUACAUUGAUGCUGAGCAUCUCCCUACACAUAUGGGAGGCACUGAUACCUUUAAGUAUAGCUACCCUCCUCUACCAGACGAUGACUUUCAAACUCCGAUGUGUGAAAAUGGGCCUAUUGUUAGCGAAGACGAAACAGAAAGUAAAGAAGACGCAGAGUCAGAAAGCAAGGACACGCUAGACUCCAGUCAGAAUGAAGAGCAGAUCCAAAAGUCUAAAAAGGUAAAAUUUCUAGAAGAAAGCCUAAAGCUAGAUGAAUGUGACAAAGUAUACAGCACAAGCAGAACAAAACCUGCCAAGAAACCUGUUACAGUAUUCAAAGGACCACUACUUCAUAUAAGCCCUGCAGAAGAACUUCAUUUUGGAAUAAAGGACUGUGAAAGGAAAAGCCUGAUAGUUCUUAACAAUGUGACCAAAAAUCUAGUUGCCUUUAAGGUGAGGACAACAGCCCCAGAGAAAUACAGAAUGAAGCCUAGUAAUAGCAGCUUUGAGCCGGGUACUUCCUUAGACAUUAUUGUGUCUCUUCAUGGAGGAUUUGAAGCUUCUCCUCAGGACCGGUUCCUGGUAAUGGCAGCUGAAAUGGACCAAAGUACAGGAGCUGGCACUCCUGAUCUGCCCCAUUUUUGGAAGGAAGUACCAAAAACCAAAGUCAUGGAACAUAGACUAAGAUGUCAUGUUACUGAAAGCAGUAAACCUUUGAGUUUGUUACUGGAUGAAAACCCUCUACACAGCAACAUCAAAAACAACCAGGAAGACCUACAUUCAAAGAUCAUCAGGCUGCUGGCAAGCAAUAAACGAUGUGAAAAACAAAUUGAUGAGUGCCUGUGGUUCCAGAAGAUGUUGAUGGGUUUGAUGUCCUUGCUAAUGGCUUUUACGUGUUCAGCUUUGUAUCUUCUUUACACAGACAGGAGUCGAUUGUAAGAAGGCUGUCUUUCUAAAUUAUAGACUACUUGCUACACGUACUCAGGCGCUCCUAAAUAAGAGGCACUAUUUUCAGCAAACGAGUCAAAACGAAGAACCUUCAUACUGUGUGUAGACCAAAAUAAUGAAGCCUAUGGUAUGCAAGUAUCAGAUGUGUGAUUACAGGUGCAUCUAAAGAACCCUGCCAUUGUUUGUUGCUGUAAAACUUGGUAAAUAAGGAUGGAUUUAUUGUGUGCAGAUGCACAAGAAGAAACUAAUUAAGACUCAGGAUUAAAAGAGUUUUAAACUUUUUUUUUUUUUUUUUUUUUGAUAACCGUAUACCUGAUUUUUUUUAAUUUAUUUUUUUUGCCAUUUAUUAACUAAUCAUUUCACAAGUAUUUAUUAUAUAUGAAUUAUUUUUCAGAUUUUUGGUAUAUGUUGAAGAUGAGGUUACUGACAGCUAAAUCAAAUUUUUGUCAUUUGCCUGCUAUUUAUUUUAAAUGUAUUGAAAGGAAUUCCAGAUUUCAGGUUGGGUGCCAUUUUGGUAUAUCGAUGUCAAUGCCCUCCAUAUACUAAAGCCUAUUUGUAUUCUUUCUUGCAUUAGUGUGCCAUCUUUGUUAGGGGCAAACAGCAUAUGGGCUAUGGAAAUAAACAAACAGGAAUAGAUAACCUUAAAGCCUAGACUGUGAUUACUUACCAAACGUUGUUGUUGUUAUUUUAUAUGGUCCAUACUGGUUAUUGUUCCACAUCAUUGUUCCUUUUUUCAUCCUAAGUUAUUGUGUCUCUUUUUGUGUUAUUCAUUAUAGUUGUCCUAUACUAUACAGUAUGUCAAUCAGAUCAUUACAGAAAUGAGUCUGGCUAGUUUUAGCAUGGUAUGGUUCUAGAUGUAUUGAUUAGAGUUAUCAUUACCCUUAUUCUUAACCUUCAAGUUUUUACUUAUCCAAUACUGUUUUUUUUGUUUGUUUUUAUUUUAUCCAAAACGUUUCAAAUCCUAACUAAUCUCAAAUAAUGUAUACCAGAUUUAUAUAAUAUGUUGGUAAGUGUUAGUUUUCAGUUGUAUCUGAUAAACCACUGUGUGUUUUUUUGGUUUUUUUCAUGCCAGCACUAUUAUUUCAGCUGUUGUCUUUUAGAGAAAUUGAUUAACUAAGCAUGAAUUUAAACAGAUACCUGAUUUUUAUUAUUCUUUUUUUUUUUAUGAGGAUUUCUGAAAAUGUGUUAGGCCAUUCGGAAGAACAAACUGCUGCAUAUUUCCAGUUUGAGGCAGCAAACACUGAAGAAGGUACUGCUGACCCUUGUAAACGCCUUGCAGGUUCCUCAUGUUGAAUCUAGGUGUUUUCUACAAUUCUUUCAUCCAGGGCUUGUAGUUUUUCAAUAUACUGUAAUAGACCUUUUCAUCCUUCAUAUACAUGUGCAUUUCAAUGAAUUAAAAAAAAAAAAUCAAAACAGAAAUGCUCAGCAGUACCUUGUGUAAACGUCAGUGUGGUUGUCCAUUGUUUAGCACCUGUACUGCUGGCAUCCACUCAUUUUAAACUGUACAAUUUCAGACUGCCAUUAGCAUACUGGAAUUUAGUGAAGGUAAUUAGAAAAACGUCUAUAAAAUGUAUACUCAUCUCUUAUAUUUACAUUAAUGUAUAUCCUACUUAUAUCAGAUAAUAUUGAUAAAAAAAGAAAGUUUUCAUAACUAGUAAUUAUAGCAAUAGAUAUUUAUAAGAGUGAGACUAUUAAUACUUAAAGCAACAUUUUGUAUUUCUUAUUUAUAAAAUAUUUAUAAUUGAUAAUAAUGACCUAGAAGUUCUUGCAUGAAAUAAUAGAAAUGUUUAACUUUAAAUUGACAAACCUUAAUGUAAUCGGUCUAGGGUCUCAUCUGAAACAGUGUGGACUGGAUAUAUUAAAUAAUGUAUUUUGAAAUUCAUGUUAAUUUAAGGGAGGCACAGCAUUGUUGAGCUUCAACGACAAAACUUGUAAAAAUAAGUCAUUUAUACAAGACUUGAUUCUCACCAUUACAUUCUGAUUGAUUGAGCUUCAGUGUGUUCCUAAAGUGACACACUCACCAUGUACUACUCAUCAAAUACGGUACAUGACCUGUCCAACUGUUUAAACAUAUUGAAUAAAAGAAGCAGGUAUAUCUGCUACUUGAAAACUUGAGCAGUGAUGUAUUUAUUUUUAUUUUCCUAUACUUGUUUGUCAUCUUUUUCAUUUAAUACAACAUCUAAUACUUAAACCUGUUAACACACAUAUUUAUAAUUGAAAUACAUGUACCGAGCUUAAUAGUCCGGCUGUGUCAUAACAGCACAUGAGAAGAUAUUCUUAUGAGUUGUGUUUUCAAAGAAGCACCUUAUGGUUUGGUAAAUUUGAUAGCAGUUGU